AUGGCCAAUAUCGCCCGCCCUGCCGACAAGUCCGUCCCCUAUUACCCCGUGUCGAGUCUAGCCGGUGAUGGAUGGACUUCCGACGACGAAGCCACGGCUACAUGCUACUGUGGCUCUGUUCAGCUAGCCUUUCCUCUGAAAAAACCUGGCCUUGUCAAUACUUUCUUAUGCCACUGCGCCGACUGCCAUAAGAUCACGGCUACUAUGUUUGCUACAAGCUUCACUGUCAAGAACGAUGCCAUUCGUUGGCUCCGUGGGAAGGAGACUUUGACAAAACUGGCUCAGUCAAAGACAAUUCCGACCGGACACGUGAUGACAAACCACUUUUGUCCGAAAUGCGGGACGCUGAUGGCGCGGGACAGCUCGGGCUUCCCGGAUGUAUCCUUCCUCCGUCAAGGAACGGUAGACAAUUUCAGUUUGACCGAUGGACAGAUGCACCCCGAGCUUGAGAUUUUCGUCAAGCAACGAGCAGACUGGAUUAAGCCGCUUCCGGGCGCAAAGCAGUUUGAGGAGAUGUGGACCUAG